AUGUCUGUCUGGCAAGUACAUGAAGUAUUGACAGAUCAGGAAGUCACUGUGCUCAGCAUGUGUGCAGCUCGGGUCUCUGGGUCUCAAGAAAGUAGUCUGGACAUCCUUGCUCGACCAAAGGCAAAUUUCCUGAAAUACCAAGACAGGCCAUCAGUUUAUUGGCAGGACAAACCAAAAAUGUCUUCUGUUUGUGGUCUGACAGCAAGACAGGAGGAGCUGGCGAAGCAUAAAACAAUGAGCAAUAUGUAUAUAGAAGACAGACCAUCUCCUAUAUGGCCUGUUAGUUCCAGUGCACUGCAGGCUGUCCCUUCCCCACGAGUGGAGAAACUUGCAGAGCCUAGGAGUGUUAAUCAGUACUGGAUGAAAGACCGAUCUGUUUACAGUAUUAUAACUGAAGGAGCUAAGAGAACAUCUGCUAGUCCACGCAUUGUGCAGCUAGCCAAGCCAAAGAGGCAUACAGACAAUGGGAUGACCAGCAGACCAGAGAGUCAUCAAGAUGAAGAAAAAGAAAAAGAGAGUCCCAGAUCUAAUAAAUCAGUGACUGCUUCAGCUAGAACAGAAGAGCUAGCAGUGCCUAAGGCAGAACACCCCCAGUACCAUCAUGAUCUCUCAGUCAUACGACAUGUUUCUGCAUCCUGCCCUUCAAGCUCAAGCCUCAGACAGAGUUUGCCAGCUUGCAAAACCAAAAACUCGAAAGUCUCUCUUUGAAGGAUAUGACCCCUACCGAAUUUCAGCUGCAGCUAAGCAUGCUGAGGCCUCUCCACGUAUUGUUGAGCUCUGCACCCCCCCAUCUCGCAGGCAACGUCAGAAGAAAAUCUGA